CUCUGACCUGCUCAGUCGCACUCAGCCAAGAUAGUUGAGCACAGUGGAGCACAGCAAGCCCCCCUCUCUGGACAGCAUGGGACUUACUCAGGACCCCAACUUUCAAAAGUUGCAGGAGUGGUACACAGCCCACGCCCUGGGCCUCAACAUGAGGCACAUGUUUGAGGCUGACAAGGAGAGAUUCAACAAGCUCAGCCUCACACUGAAAACUGAGGAUGGAGACAUUCUUCUGGAUUACUCCAAGAACCUCAUCACAGAGGACGUUAUGAAAAUGUUGGUUGACCUGGCCAAGUCAAGAGGCAUUGAGGCUGCCAGAGAGAAGAUGUUUACUGGAGAGAAGAUAAACUUCACUGAGGGCCGUGCUGUGCUCCAUGUGGCUCUGAGGAACCGUUCCAACACUCCCAUCAUGGUGGAUGGGAAGGAUGUAAUGCCAGACGUUAAUAAGGUUCUGGAGAAAAUGAAGGGUUUCUGUCAUAAAGUUCGCAGUGGCGAGUGGAAGGGCUACACAGGGAAGGCCAUCACUGAUGUUGUUAAUGUUGGAAUUGGAGGAUCUGAUCUUGGCCCCCUGAUGGUAACUGAGGCCCUGAAGCCGUACUCAAAAGAUGGACCUCGUGUGUGGUUUGUGUCCAAUAUUGAUGGCACCCACAUCGCCAAAACCCUGGCACAGCUCAACCCUGAGACAACCCUCUUCAUCAUUGCAUCCAAGACAUUCACCACACAAGAGACAAUUACAAAUGCUGAGUCGGCCAAAGCUUGGUUCCUCGAACAUGCCAAAGAUAAAGCUGCUGUCGCCAAACACUUUGUGGCUCUUUCCACCAAUGGUCCCAAAGUGAAAGACUUUGGCAUCGACACAGAGAACAUGUUCGAGUUCUGGGACUGGGUUGGUGGUCGUUUCUCCCUGUGGUCUGCAAUUGGAAUGGCUAUUGCCCUGCAUAUUGGCUUUGACAACUUUGAGAAGCUUCUGUCAGGAGCACACUGGAUGGACAAGCACUUCCGUACUGCUCCCCUGGAUAAGAACGCUCCCAUCCUGUUGGCUCUGUUGGGCAUUUGGUACAUCAACUUUUUCCACGCUGAGACCCAGGCUAUGCUGCCCUAUGACCAGUAUAUGCACCGUUUCACUGCCUACUUCCAACAGGGUGACAUGGAGUCAAAUGGAAAGUACAUUACUAAUCAUGGGACACGUGUGAACUACCACACUGGGCCAAUAGUCUGGGGAGAGCCUGGAACAAAUGGACAGCAUGCCUUCUACCAGCUCAUCCACCAAGGAACUCGAAUGGUGCCUUGUGACUUCCUGAUUCCAGCUCAAUCACAGCAUCCAAUCAGAGACAACCUGCACCACAAGAUCCUGUUGGCCAACUUCCUGGCUCAGACAGAGGCUCUGAUGAAAGGUAAGACUACCGAAGAGGCCAAGAGGGAGCUGGAGGCAAGCGGCCUGAGUGGGGAGGCUCUGGAGAAAAUCCUACCACACAAAGUAUUCCAGGGAAACAGACCAACCAACUCAAUCAUCUUCAAGAAACUGACUCCAUAUACACUUGGAGUACUUAUAGCAAUGUAUGAGCACAAGAUCUUUGUCCAGGGAUUAAUGUGGGAGAUCAACAGCUUUGACCAGUGGGGAGUGGAACUGGGCAAACAGCUCGCCAAGAAGAUUGAGCCUGAGCUCAAGGACACUGCUGAGAUUCACUCCCACGACUCCUCCACCAACGGACUAAUCAACUUCCUCAAGAAGAAUUUUGCCUGAGCUGAGUGACCUCAAUAACUUCCCCUUGACUCCACAGCAUUAUCUAUCUUAUCAGCUCAGGAGCUGCGUGGACAGGAGUCCCGCAGUGGCAGCUGGUCACUCCCACGCAGUUGAGCUGAAGCACUCUGUAUGUUUGUUCUCGCAUUAUGAAUAUCGUGACUGUCUAGUAUGCUGUCGUUUCCACGUUUGUUCGUUUACCACUGUGAGAGGAAAAAGCUUUUUGUAUUAGACUGUCGUGACAGGCAGAGCGAAGCAUGCCCCCACUCUGUCUCUACUGUUACACGAAAUUUUGUUCCUGAAAUAAAAAUCUUCACACAGAAUAUGUA